GUGAAGAACUGUUGUGUCUCCCCAUUUCACAUCAGAGAAACUAGCGCGCAGCCAUCUUGACAUCUUUGUCUUUUAACUUCCGGUGUACUGUUGGUGGACAAGCGUUGUUGGCUAGCGAACUGGAUUUUAAGGUUGCCGAGUUGACAAAAGUCAUCAUGAGUAGUUUAAUGUGUUCUGUCAGUGGAUGCCAUAACAACUGGAAGAAGAGAAGGGAGAUUUUGCAGCAGGAGUGCUAUAUUCAUAAGUCCAGGAGAUCCGAGUGUUGUGGAGCGCCGUACAGUCUGCAUCCUCCGCCGAAGGAAGAAAACAGUUUGCGGUUGUGGCUCAAAGCGCUCAACUUAAAAAAACCACCAAAGCGUCCGUAUGUGUGCUCCUUCCACUUCGUAGAUGGGAGACCAACGGAGAAACAUCCCUUCCCGGAGAAAUGGCUGGGUUAUGAUGUUCCAGUAAAGACACCGCGUCGGGCACUUAAGAGACAGCCUCCAGAUGAGUUGCCAUCAACCAGUUAUGCUGUGAAGCUCGAAGAAGACAUCCCAUGCUCUAAAAAGGAUGCCCAAACUCAGUGGGAGGAUCCAACUCUUCAAGAUCAUGACUAUGCAGGAGAAUUCCAGGUUAAGCCUCCUACAUCUGACAAGGGCAUCCAGUGUUCCACCCCAAUGUACAAGUCCCUGUUGAGGAGUGACAACCUUUGCCAGCUCCAUACUGGUUUGUCACUGGAUGUUUUCUACCGUGUGGCUGAGCACCUAGUCCCAUUGUGCAACAACAACUUCCAGCAAGACCCCAGAGACCAGCUCCUAAUGGUGCUUAUGAAGCUGAGGCUUAAUCUCCUGCAGGAGUACCUGGCAGAAAAGUUUCAGGUGUCUCAAACAACGGUUUCAAGAACUCUCAGCUAUUGGAUUGAUCUAAUGGAGGAAAACAUGAAAGACUACAUACCUUGGCUGCCCAGUGAAACUAUAAAAGCUAGAAUGCCAGAAUGUUUCAAAGAACAUUACCCCAACACAACAUGUAUAAUUGACUGCUCUGAGACACCAUUGCAAAAGGCCAAAAACCCUGCCUCCAGAGGCGAAUCGUACAGUCAUCAUUAUGGGCAUAAUACAAUCAAAUAUUUACUGGCAAUUGCACCUUGCGGAUUAGUUAUGUUCAUCUCGCCGGCCUAUGGUGGUGGGUGUAGUGACGCAUUUAUUACACAGAAGUCAGGUUUCUUGGACUACCUCCAUGAUGGUGAUGAAGUCAUGGCAGACCGUGGAUUCACAAUUCAGGAUCUUCUGAAUGCAAAAAAUGUGAAGCUCACAAGACCAUCCUUCACCAAAAAAGGCUCUCAGCUAUCAGAUGAAGACACCACCAGCACAAGGCGCAUUGCCAAUGUCAGUUUCCAUAUUGAACGGGUAAUUUGUCGAUUGAAGCAUUUCAAAAUCCUCUCCCAGACGGUACCAAUCAACCUCACCCCUAAAAUGGACAAAAUAUUGAGAAUAUGUGCUGCCCUCUGCAACCUCCGCCAUGACAUUUUUGAUGAGUCUGAAAUUGCUGUUUGCAACAAGUGAACGUUGUUCAGUAGUUCUUUUGUAACAGUUCUUAAUUCACACUGUGUUAACUUGCUGCAAUUACUGUGCAUAUUAUAAAUAAACCAACACAAUUUACUUGUAAUUCAUUUUUCUGAACUGAAAUAGCAGCAAGUUUCUGAUAAAGGGAUUGUUCACCCAAAAAUGAAAAUUCUCUCAUCAUUUACUCAUGACAUCACAGAUAUUUAUUACUUUUUUCUUCUGCUGAACAUAAACACAUUUUUUUUUAGAAUAUCUUAGCUCUGUAGGUCUGUACAAUGCAAAUUAAUGGUGAUCAGAACAUUGAAGCUCCGAAAAGCACAUAAAGGCAGCAUAAAAGCAAUACAUUUGAUUUCAGUGGUUUAAUCCGUGACCAGCGAUUCAGUUGGUUUUGCGUGAGAACAGACCAAUGUAACAGACCAGUGUAAUCGAGCUUGAAAUCAAGAUGGCCAAGGAGGCUGCUUUCAAGAUGUACUGUGAAAAAUAAAUUAUAUUUUGGUCGGUUCUCACGCAAAACCAACUGGAUGGCUUCAGAAGUCAUGGAUUAAACCACUGGAAGUCAUGUGGAUUACAUUUAUGUUGCCUUUAUGGUAUUUUUGGAGCUACAAAUGUCUGGUUACCAUUCACUUGCAUUGUAUAUACUUACAGAGCUGAGAUAUUCUUCUAAAAAUCUUUGUUUGUGUUCAGCAGAAGAAAAAAAGUCAUACACAUCUGGGAUGGCGUGAGAGUAAAUGAUAAGAUGAUUUUCAUUUUUGGGUGAACUAUCCCUUUUAGAAAUGUUACAUUUUAAGAAAUGUAAACAUUACAUCAUUAAAUGGACAAAAUAUGUGAAGUACUAUGCAACCGCCACCAUGACAUAAGAUGUCAUUAACGAGUCUUGACAUGUACAAUUGGUAAAUAAAUGAUAAAUGUAAUAACAUUUUGUUGCAUGUAACAUCACAAUAAAUUCAACAGAAGUAAAUCGUGGUUUAUUAUUUGCACACAAUAAGUAAUUACAAUACAUCAACACAGUAUGAAUUAAGACCAUUUCAAUUACUAAAUGAAAAGAAUAGCAUCCUUAUAUGGACAAAAUAUUGAGAAAAAAAUAUGUGCAGCCCAAUAUAAUGUUCAUGACAUCAUUGAUGCAUCUGACAUUGCUCAUUGAACCAUUUGUAAAAGUUGCUUUUAACGUCACAAAUUUAACAGAUGUACAAACAAGUAAAUCAUAUGUUUAUUUUUGGAACCGUAGUAACACCAACACUGUCAACAGCUGAUCAGAAAUGUUCGUCAAAGGGAACCUUCACAAAAUGUUUAAUUUGAAUUUUUAAAUGGCUGGUGACCAUUAGAGUACAAAUAGCAUCAUGUAUAAAUAGUGCAAAAUGUGCAAACCAAUUAUAUAGUACAGAGUUCAGUCGGCUAACCACUGAAGGAAAUAAACUUUCUGAGUCUGCUGGUGCAACAGCGAAGACUCCUCUAACGUCUCCCAGAUGGGUUAGGAGUAAAUAGUCCAUGGUUGGGGUAAGAGGUGUUUCUGAUGAUAUUUUCCUCCCUUUGUAGGUAGCAUUUGUGAUUAAUGUCUAUGAUAGAGGGUAACUGGGCACCAGUGAUAAAUUGGGCAGUUUUCACCACCCCCUGGAGGGCCUUCUGAUCUGAGACAGUGCAGUUACCAUACCACACUAUGAUGCAGUUAGUUAAGAUGCUUUCAAUAGUGCAGCUGUAAAAGUUCAGCAGUAUCUGGGAAGAUGGAUUAGCUUUUCUUAGUCUGCUAAGGAAGUACAGGCGCUGCUGCACUUUUCUUGAUCGGGGUGGUGGUGUUGAGGGCCCAGGAAAGAUCCACAGAGAUGUGGACACCCAGAAACUUAAAACUGGGCAUGGGUUCCACUUCAGUCCAAUUGAUGUAGACAGGGUUGUGUGCACGGCUUCCUGCUCCGUCGGAAGUUCACAAUAAGCUCUUCGGUCUUCUGUGUGUUGAGGGCUAGGUUGUUGUCAGCAAACCACACUGAACCUCUUCUAUGUGGGUUGUCUCUUCAUCACCAUUGAUCAGGCCUACCACCAUGGUGUCAUCUGCAAACUUGAUUAUGGAGUUAGAGCCAUGCACAAGUAUGCAGUCGUGGGUGAAGAGGGAGUAGAGGAGAGGAUUCAGCACGCAGCUCUGUGGAAUGCCAGUGACAGACUGUGGUCUGUUAGUUAGUCCAAGGUCCAGCUGCAAAGGGAGACGCUGAUGCCAAGAUCAGUGAACUUGGAGAUCAGCUUGGAUGCAAUGACAGCGUUAAAGGCAAACUGAAAUUGAUGAAUAGCAUCCUGACAUAGGAGUUACUCUUGUCCAGGUGAGUCUGGGCAGAGUGGAGGGCUUAGGUGAUAGCAUCCUCUGUUGACCUGUUGGGUCUGUAGGCAAACUGUUAUGAGUCCAGUGUUGGAGGUAGGCAUGUUUUCAGGUGGGAAAGGAACAACCUCUCAAAACACUUGAUGGGAAUGAUGGCAAUGAUGGGAGUAAGAGCUAAUGGGCGAAAGUCAUUGAGCGCUAUUGCAGCAGCAAGUUUUGGUACUUUUUGGUACAAGUUGAAAAUGUUGGUGAGGACCUCAAAUAACUGCUAUGAGCAGGUCUAGAGCACCCGGCCUGGAAUGCCAUCAGGGCCAGCAUAAAGCUAUGUGCACUCAUACUGCUUAGGGUUGAGCACGCAUCACUGGUGGAGAAUGUGAGCGGCAGGUUAUCAUGUGGAAGCUCAGCUUUGAUUGGUGGUUAACUAGGACAGAACAUUUUUAUUUCGAGUAGCUGAUUAGAGUUAGAACUCCAUCCGGGCUUGCAGAUAUCCACAGUUCACUUGAACAGACAACUGUGCCUCCUCAAGCCACCUGAGAACCAAUGAUGACUGUUGAAAAGUGUUUUGAUGCAAGAUUGUUUUGUGUGCCAUAGUUCCACUGUCGCUGGACAAGACACUCCCGUCGGUCCACAGGACACCUAGAACAAAAAUACAUCAAGCAUAGGGCUGGGCGAUAUGGAGCAAAAAAUAUAUCUCGAUAUAUUUUGCUAUAUCUCGAUAUA